GCUUAUUCCAGUGCAGGUCGUGCGAUCGAACAUUGCAGCUGACGACACAGCAAGUAUGAACCAUGGCUGUUGUGUGUGCCUUCGCUCCUUUUUCGCUUGCGCUUUGUUUGGACCCGGAAAAUGGCGCAUCAGGCCGAAAUCCUUUCCACACCCACCCCCGUGACAUCACGCUCCAAAGCCCUAUAGCGGUGACAACUCCUCCACAGUAGCAGUUGAGUAACAGGAGAAGAGUCUGGUGGAGCAACAGAGGAACAAUUUCAGCCAUUUGGACUCAGCUCAGCCACUAUAGAGGAAAAAAUGACUUCAACACAAAAGGACCAACAUGGAGCGAGAAGUCAGCGCUCUCAGGAGGCCGACAAACCUCACAGAAGAAAGGGAGAGAAAACAUACAGCUGUGAUGACUGUGGGAAGUAUUUUACCCGGGGUGGAGACUUAAAAAGACACCAACUCAUCCACAGUGGAGUUAAACCUUACAGCUGUGACUUGUGUGGAAAGUCUUUUACCCGGGCUGAAAGCUUAAAAACACACAAACUCAUCCACAGUGGAGUUAAACCUUACAGCUGUGAGUUGUGUGGAAAGUCUUUUACCCAGGCUGGAGACUUAAAGGCACAUCGACUCAUCCACAGUGGAUUUAAGCCAUACAGCUGUGACUUGUGUGGAAAGUCUUUUGCCCAGGCUGGACACUUAAAAAAACACCAACUCAUCCACAGUGGAGUUAAACCUUACAGCUGUGACUUGUGUGGAAAGUCUUUUACCCAGGCUGGAGACUUAAAGGCACAUCGACUCAUCCACAGUGGAUUUAAGCCAUACAGCUGUGACUUGUGUGGAAAGUCUUUUGCCCAGGCUGGACACUUAAAAAAACACCAACUCAUCCACAGUGGAGUUAAACCUUACAGCUGUGACUUGUGUGGAAAGUCUUUUACCGAGUCUGAAGUUUUAAAAAAACACCAACUCAUCCAUAGUGGAGUUAAACCUUACAGCUGUGACUUGUGUGGAAAGUCUUUUACCGAGUCUGGAGGUUUAAAAAGACACCAACUCAUCCACAGUGGAGUUAAACCUUACAGCUGUGACUUGUGUGGAAAGUCUUUUACCGAGUCUGGAGUUUUAAAAAGACACCAACUCAUCCACAGUGGAGUUAAACCUUACAGCUGUGAGUUGUGUGGAAAGUCUUUUACCGAGUCUGGAGGUUUAAAAAAACACCAACUCAUCCACAGUGGAGUUAAACCUUACAGCUGUGAGUUGUGUGGAAAGUCUUUUACCCAGGCUGGAGGUUUAAAAAAACACCAACUCAUCCACAGUGGAGUUAAACCUUACAGCUGUGACUUGUGUGGAAAGUCUUUUACCGAGUCUGGAGGUUUAAAAAAACACCAACUCAUCCACAGUGGAGUUAAACCUUACAGCUGUGAGUUGUGUGGAAAGUCUUUUACCCGGGCUGGAAGCUUAAAAACACACCAACUCAUCCACAGUGGAGUUAAACCUUACAGCUGUGACUUGUGUGGAAAGUCUUUUACCCAGGCUGGAGACUUAAAAAAACACCAACUCAUCCACAGUGUAGUUAAAGCACACUACUGUGACUUGUGUGGUAAAGCUUUUGCUCAAAGUCGAAACUUAAAGAAGCAUCUAGUUACCCACUCUGGAAUUAAGGCGUACAGCUGCAACUUUUGUGGAAAAAGUUUCAGUGAAAAACACUACCGAAAUAUUCACCUAUGGAUUCACACUGGAAAUGGUGUUUACUGCUGUGAUCAGUGUGGGAAACUGUUUACAACAGAUGCACAGUUACAACAACACAUGUUUAGCCACACUCAGGAGAGACCUUAUAAAUGUAGCAACACAGAUGGAUCCAGUUCUCAACCCUGUCGUCACUGUGGUGGUGGGAAAGAGUUUCUCUGUGACCUUUGUGGAAAAACCUCCAAUCAUCAACGGGACCUAAAACCACAUCAACGUAGACACACUGGAGACAAAAUGAACUACUGCAAAGAAUGUGGGAGAGGCUUCCACACACCAAGUACAUUAAAAAUAUAUGACCUCUUCCACAGUGGGGUAAAAAAGCACAUCUGUGACCAGUGUGGGUCAUCCUUCACCACUGCACGUGAGCUUAAAGAAAAAGCAUAAGGGAAACCACACAGGAGAGACACCAUACAAGUGCAGACACUGUGACAAAAGCUUCUCACAAUCAGGUCAUCAUAACAAACAUGACUGUACACACAUGGAAGUGAACUUCAGCUGUGACCAGUGUGACAAGAGCUUCAGGAAUCUCAGUUCAUACUCCGAA